UGUCAGUACUGCAUAUUUAAUACAGUAGGAUGUUUUUAUAAUUACCUCUGUUUAUGUAUUUAUCUACUGAUGCAUGAGUUUAGAUUAAGAUAUUAGUCAAUUUGAAUGGAAUCAUAUAUGUGUAGACAGAUAAAAGUGAAUCAAACCUCAAUUAUUUAUAAAUAGUAUGUAUUUAUAUUGUAAAUAUUAUGUACAUAAGAGAUGACGGGCAUGAUAAUGAACAAAAUCAAAUAGACACCGAUUUUGGUGGGAAAAUAAAUAAACACGUAUGCAAAUGUGAGCGUUAGAUAUUUUUUGGUAUAUGGUUGGCUAAUUCUUAUCCAGUACAGGAGUACUCAUGCGAUACGCAUGACCUUUAAAAUUUCUAUCACACGUGUCACGUAACAUAUACUAUUCAACGCCUGUAAAUAAAUCACCUGUACAUACGAGUACACCACGAGAGAGAAGGCAUGAAGGUGUACGACUCGAUCGUCGUGGGAGCGGGGAUAGAGGGCUCGUCCACAGCAUAUAACUUGGUCAAGAAUGGACAACGCACAUUGUUGCUUGAACAGUUCCCCCUGCCUCAUUCUCGCGGAAGUUCUCAUGGACAAAGUAGAAUUUUCAGGAUGGCUUAUGGCGAUGCCGAUUACUACACAGAGAUGAUGAAAGAGGCUUACAGAUUAUGGGAAAAACUAGAAAAUGAAUCCCGAACGACUAUAUAUACAAAAACAGGACUUCUAGUGUUGGGAAAGGCCGGAGACGAACUAAUUGAUGGAACUGUUCAGGCACUUCGGAAACACUCCGUGCCGUUCACAACACUAAACGGAAAGGCUAUGCGGUUGAAGUAUCCAAUGUUGGCAUAUUCCGAUGAUGUGUCGGGCGUGGAUGAUCACAGUGGGGGUGUUCUAUUCGCCGAUAAAGCUUUGGCGGCUUUUCAGGGUGAGUUUAUGAAGCACGGAGGCGUCCUGCGUGAUAAAGAAUCUUUGGUGGACGUAUUCCCGGGAGACAUCGUGACAGUCAAGACAAACAAGGGCAGUUACAGAGGCCGGAACCUAGUCUUGGCUGUCGGGCCCUGGGCCACGAAAAUACUUCCUCCCCUCGGCAUACAUUUACCGCUCAAGGUACUCCGUAUCAGUGUGUUUUACUGGAAAGAGAAGAUUGCAGGAACGUAUGGCGCUGAUGAAUUCCCAACUUUUCUGGGGGGUUACGCCAGUGGGAACUUUGACGUGUAUGGCCUGCCUAGCCUAGAAUACCCGGGCUUGUAUAAGAACACUCCGGACCACGACUUUGUACUGGACAGACAUCCGGCCAGGCGGAACAUAAUCAUCGGUGCUGGCUUCUCAGGGCAUGGUUUCAAGUUGUCUCCAGUUGUAGGGAUAGUCCUCGCUGAGCUGGUAAUGCGGAAGACACUAUUCUACAACCUGUCUCAUUUUAGGAUCGACCGAUUCAACAAGUCAUCCAAAUUAUGAAUAAUAGAAAAUAUCAAUGUCUAUAUAACCAUCUAUAAUGACAAUUCCUCGGACAAAUGGAAACUAAUCAAAACUUGCUAGUGAUAUGUUCAAAUCGAUAUCUGUGUGUUCGAAAAUAUGUUUGAUUUUAUAGACCAGUAUAUAAAAUACAAAUAUGGUAUCCUACAUAUUUGCUAUCAAUGCAUUGAAACAUACAAUAUCACCUUCAUGACAAGUAUAUGAUAACCUGGCUAUCAUAAGACCAUAUCCAUAUCCUUACCCGGAUCAACCAUCUGUCUAUAGCAGUCCCUAGGCCGCCGACCCUUCGGAUGUUGAGGUCUACGGAUGAUUCGGAAAAGGAUCUCGUAAUUGUGUUAGGACAGGCUUGUUAUCAUUAACCAAAUAUUAACACGAAUAGGUAUACUGCAUCAUAAUGUGACACAAUUUUAUUUUUAUUUAAAAACCAAACUGAUAUUCCGUUUGAUAUGUUUUACCAGUAAAAGUUAAUAAUUGACUUUCCUACUUCUCCACAGUAACAAAGACCGACAGAAGAUCUUAUACAAAUCACAAUCUUAAUGAUGAAAGUGAUGUAAUCAAAUUGUAAAUGUAAUACCAACCUGAUGAAAUUGAUUAAUGCGAGUUUUACUGAUUGUUUCUCUUAUACAUGUACCUCAGACCCAGGGAAUCAACUGCACUGUUUUCCUAAAUGCAUCGCAUUACCAUGUUUAUGAACUAUUGACUCUUCUAUCAAUUGAGCGUUAUAAAAGAUAUUCACAGGAAUAUGCAUUUACUUUCUCAUUUGGGAAAGACGUCAGGUAAAAGCUGCUACCUUGAUGCAUGUUCUCAAAUUGUUCUUUUUUAAAAUAUGCAUGGUUUACCAUAUGAAACCGUCACUCUCAUACAGUCAAAAGGUACAACAGAACAUACCAACAAGUACGCACACAUGGGAAACUAAUUUUGCAAUUUUUGUUAGACAGAAUACUUCAAAUGAUAUAUAUAAAUACUUAUAUAAGUACGUUUUAAUGUGUUGGAGGAAGGCCUAGUUACCUCCCUUUACAGUGUCAGUACUGCAUGUUUAAUACAGUAGGAUGGUUUUAUAAUUACCUCUGUGGAUGUAUUUAUCUACUGAUGCAUGAGUUUAGAUUAAGAUAUAAGUCAAUUUGAAUGGAAUCAUCUAAGUGUAAACGGAUAAUAGUGAAUCAAACCUCAAAUAUUUAUAAAUAAUUUGUAUUUUUAUUAUAAAUAUCA